AUGACACCGGCGGGCCUCAAACCCGUGGCAUUUCGUCUAGAACGGGUGGCAGAGGAGUUGAUGGGUCGAAGAAAAUGGAAAUUGUAUCAAGAUGCAUUGAUACCAAAGCGAUCAGAAGGCGAACAGUCAAGCGGAGACGAGUCCAUGGCUGCCACAGACCACCCUCCCGCGCUCAAGAUAAAGACCAUCCAGCAGAUCAACGAAGCGGACGAGGGCGAAGAACCCGUCAGAAAGGACUCGAUCCUCGAAAGCCUAAUAAAGAGGCCCGCUACAGCGCCCAAGCUGGAGCCCCAAGAACCAGCAGAUUGGAAGCCAGCGGACAAGUGCUACUUCUGCGUGGACGAGCGUGGCGAAAGGGCGGACAGGGCGGAAGGGGCGGACGCUAGGGCGGGCGGCGCGAACAGUCCCGCAUCGGAGUCGGAUAGCAGUUCUGUGUCGGGUGCGAAGAGUCCAGCUGCCGCCGGGCCACCUCUUCUGCAGCAUUUGCUGCAGCUGCAACUGCAGAGCCAAAACCCGCAGGCGAUAGCACAGGCUUACACGGAGAUGUGUGUGCAGUUCCAACAGAUGAUAGCUGCGUUGGCUGCGCUAGGCACAGGGCUGGUGCCGCCGGCGCUGCCCCAGGCCUGGAUGAUGCAGAGGCUGGCUGCGGCGAGACCACCCUUGGAUAGGCUAGAGGCUGAAAAGGUCGGCGCCCCCAGUUCGUCCCCAACCAUCACGGAACAGCCCCUGGAUCUCAGCGCGAAGUCCACAUCCAGCACGAGUGGUACUCCACCACCUGACAUUAAGGGCCAUGAGAAUUCUAGUUUCAUAGUUAAUGGGUGCAUUCACAUGGCAUUGUUUGUGCGAUCCGGGUGCAAUGUUUCAAUAGGAAACGACACGCCAUGCUGGGCUAACGCGUGUGGUCCACCACGCCGAGAAGCUCAGCGUCAGCUUGGGAUAGAACCCUCUGAUAAGGCCGCCCAAUAUCAGUGUUGGGACGAAGGAUUAAAACGCGCAGUUCUCGAGGGCACGAGUAAUAGCACCACGAGGCGCAAUUACACAGAGGACGAGCUCCAGUCUGCGCUUCGGGAUAUACAGUCCGGCAGACUAGGAACGCGCAGAGCCGCCGCCGUCUACGGCAUCCCGCGAUCCACCCUCAGGAACAAGGUCAACAAACACGGCCUGGCACCGGAAGCCCCGGAGUCAGAGGACAGUGACCCCGAGAAACCGGACACGCCCUCCUCGGUGAUUCUCAAGAUUCCCUCGUUUCCACCCCCGGACGAUAAGAGUCCUUCGCCCGCUACGCCCGUCACCACGCCGGUGACUCCGAUAACCCCGAUAUUACCUCCGCAACCGUCUCUCAAUCCUCCCUCACAACUACUACUUCCGCCAUCUGUGUUCGCAGACCCGCCUGCCCCGCAACACCUGUUCACGUCUCUCAGUGACGUCAUAGCCAAGAGCAUAAGCCAAAAGUUCCAACAGCCUCUAGAUAGGCCAUCGCAAGCGGAGUUGUCGUACAUGAGAGCGCCCGACAGGCACGUUUCCGUGAUCAAGACGCCCCCGGACAACCAGAGGAACUAUGCGAUACCGAGCAAUUCCAAGGCCACCAACAACGGGCAGCCGGCGACCGGCGGGAAGGGCACGAGGCCCAAACGGGGCAAAUACAGGAACUACGACCGAGAUAGUCUCGUCGAAGCGGUGAAAGCCGUCCAGAGAGGCGAGAUGUCCGUGCACAGAGCGGGCUCCUACUACGGAGUGCCGCAUUCGACCCUCGAGUACAAGGUGAAGGAGCGGCAUCUGAUGCGGCCCCGGAAGAGGGAGCCGAAACCGCCGCAAGACACUAAACCUCAACCGCCAAAACCGCCACCGAAACCUCCCACGAAGCCCUUCACUAACGGCCUGAACGGCCCCGAUGCGCAGGGCUACCCCCCAAGCUAUCCGUUCUGGCCGCGAACCGGUUUCGCCCCCCCGCCGACCUCCGACCUGUACACGUCACACAUGAUGCGAAGGCUGCGCGGGGAAGCGCCUCCACCGGCGAACGGUUCGUUCCUAGAGGGCAUAAUCCGAUCGAGUCUGGAGCAGCCCGGAGCCGCGUUGCUGCAGCGGCUGACGGCGGAACCGCGAGCGGAAGCGCCCAGUUUACUGCGGCGGCUCGCCGGAGAACCCGACGACGAGCCGGUGGCCCGGCGUCCCAGGCUGGACUCGGACCACCAGCUCGCGGCGGAGAUGCGCGAAGCGGUGCAGCGGCUGCGCGCCGACAAGCUGCGACCGCGGAACGGCACUCCGACGCCCCCCGGCCGCGUCUCCAGCCCCGAGGCGCCGAGCCAAGCGCCGGCGCACACCGCCUAG